GUAAAGUGGAUUCUCCAAGUGGGUUUCAUUCCUCACUAAAUAUAUUGCUCUCUCUCUCUCUCUCUCUCUCUCUCUAUGUUAGGAGAGCUUCAGCAACCAAGGCUUCUGAACUGUGAAGCAUCUUCCAUUGAAGCUUAUUCUUUUCCUUUUUCAGGAUGGAGCUGAGUUGCAGUUUACAAUCUUUGGCAGAAUUGUAUCCCCCCAUGAGACCAUUCUUGUCCUUGGAAAAGAUGACUUUUAGAAAAGUGAAAGGAGACUGACAAAAGGAAGGACCUCUUCUUUAAAGUUUGAAAAAAGGAGUACCCAAUUAUGGCGAUAGAAUUGGAAACAAAGUGGUAACACUGAAAGCUCUAAAGUUCUAUCUGUUGAAGCUUAGUGAAACACAGUUCAAACAUGGAUUCUCAGUUCAGAUCAGAGCACAUAUCAUCUAGGAAGAACUUGCAGUAUUUUCUAAGCACUCCAAGAGACCCUGAAAAUCAUCAAAUGGUACAAUCUUCCAUGAUAAAUGGGCAAAACCAAGGGAGAGAAUCUUAUCAACCUCUAGACUACCUCUUCUCAGAAGGAUGUCAAGGAAAAAUCAACCUCUCUACACAAUCUUCUCAAGGCCCUUCUUACGCCACACUUGAAUCAUCUCCACAGAACUUGGGACACUCCCUCUACAGCUCUCCCUCUACCCUCAGUUUCUCACCUAACGAGAGCCCCUUGUCACAGCAAGAUUCCCAAACUUACCCCCUGGAAUUACCACAUUCCCCGGAACAUUUUUAUGGCUCCCCUCGAAGUGGUUCUUGCAUAACUGAAGAACCAAACGACUUCAAAAACAAGCUAAGAGAAUUGGAGACUGCUAUGCUUGGCCCCAACUCUGAUGGUGGAGACAGUUUCGAAGCAUCAGUCCAAAACCAAGUUUCUCUAGAGCCUGAUAAAUGGCCACAAAUGGUGGAUAUCCUCAGGGGUGGGAUAAGAAAAGCACUAGUGGCUUGUGCAAAAGCAAUAUCAGAUAACGAUAUGCCAAUGGCCGAUUGGUUAAUCACCGAGUUGAGGCAAAUGGUCUCAGUGUCUGGGGAACCAAUCCAAAGGCUAGGAGCUUACAUGGUGGAAGGCCUUGUGGCUAGGAUUGCAUCCUCAGGGAGUGCAAUAUAUAAGUCCCUUAGGUGCAAACAACCAUUGGCCUCAGACCUACUCUCUUACAUGCAUGUAUUGUACGAAGUAUGCCCUUACUUCAAGUUUGGUUAUCUUUCAGCUAAUGGGGCUAUUGCUGAGGCCUUAAAGGGCGAGGAUCGAGUCCACAUAAUAGAUUUCCAAAUAGCCCAAGGGACCCAAUGGGUGACCCUAAUUCAAGCACUGGCGGCUCGACCAGGGGGUCCCCCAUAUCUGAGAAUCACUGGGGUUGAUGACCCGGUCUCGGCCUAUGCCCGAGGCUGUGGUCUCGAGCUUGUGGGCCAAAGGUUGGCUAAGUUGGCUAAGCUUUGCAAUGUACCAUUUGAGUUCAAUGCAGCAGCAAUUUGUGGCUCCCAGGUCGAGGUGGGUAUGCUCAAAGUGAGGCCCAAUGACGCUUUAGCAGUUAACUUUCCAUUUCAACUACACCAUAUGCCUGAUGAGAGUGUGAGCACAGUUAAUCAUCGAGAUAGGCUUCUACGAAUGAUUAAGAGCUUAAAUCCCAAGGUGGUCACUCUAGUAGAGCAAGAAUCCAAUACUAAUACUGCCCCCUUUUUGCAUAGAUUUGUCGAGGUGUUAAGCUACUAUUCUGCUGUGUUUGAAUCGAUAGAUGUGACUUUGCCUAGAGACAGUAAGGAGCGUAUAAGUGUCGAGCAACAUUGCUUGGCCCGUGAUAUUGUGAACGUGAUAGCUUGUGAAGGGCAGGAAAGGGUGGAGAGGCACGAGCUAUUGGGUAAGUGGAAGUUGAGGUUUAUGAUGGCAGGGUUUAGCCCUUACCCUUUGAGCUCUUCCGUGAAUUCUACCAUUAAGUCUCUCCUGGAGGGUUACUGUGAGAAUUAUCGGCUGGAAGAGAAAGAUGGGGUGCUUUAUCUCGGAUGGAAGAACAGGGUGCUGGUUGCAUCUUGUGCAUGGAGAUGAUCCGGGUUUGUGCUAAGAAACUAACUAGAGAAAGAGAUUCUACUUUAUGUGAUCGCUUUGAGAACAAGAACAGAGAGUGAGGGUCCUGGUUUUCAGUAGAUUCUACUCGUAUAACAUGGGGGACAGGACAAUACUGUAAUUUCUUUUUGUUGUCGUGAAUAUUCAGUGAUCAAGUAGUGGCUAGCUGGGCAUUGAAUCCGAACUUGCUUUUAAUUGCAGUCAUUUAGCUCAAGAUGGAAGUUGGAAUCUUAGGAAGUAGGGAGAUCCACCAUGUAUAAAAAUAGAAAAAAUUUGUUCCACUGAUAUGGUGUAAGCUAUAAAUUGGAGUUGUUUAUGAACUUUAAUAACUCUAGAUCUGCCAGGUUUUUUCAUGAUCC